AUGGAUAAUCAAGAGAAUUUAGAAAAAAAGGAUAAUGAUAUGCAAAACUAUUUACAACAACAAUCUCCAUCGUUAGGAAAAGAUUCUGAUAAUCGUAAAAGACUUAAUCAAACUUCUGAAGAAUAUUUAAAUUCAUUAACACCAACACAACGUCGACAACGAAUAACAACAUUAUUAGUUAUUGCUUUUAUUUCUCUUUUAACUGGUAUUGAUUAUGCGAUUAUUUUACCUACAGCUUGGGGAUAUGUCAAUAUGUUUAUGCAUAAUCAUUAUGGUGGAUUUGUAGUGGGUAUUCUUUUAUCCGUAUUCGCAUUAUCAGGUUCAAUAGCUGGUAUUUUAUUUGGAUUUCUUGAUGAUAUUGGUGUUUCAUUAAAAAAACUUGUACUAUGCGGAACUGUAUUUAUAAUAAUUGGCAAUAUACUUUAUUUUAUUGGUAUUAAUAUUUAUGUUGUUGUUAUUUCUCGAUUGAUUGCUGGUAUUGGUAUGGGUUUAGUUCCACCAUUAUUAGCUGAACUUACAAGACGGUCAACACCAGAAACACGAACACCACUUUUUGCAAAAAUACUUGGUUGCCGUCAAGUAGGACUUUUUUUUGGUCCAUGUUUUACAAUUUUUAUUAAGCAAUUACAUUUUAAAUUAUUUGGUCUUCAAGUUACAAUGUAUAAUGCUCCUGGUUUAUUGAUGGCAGUUUUAUGGAUAGUAGUAAUACUUUUAACACUCUGUUUCUUUUAUGAUUCACCGAUAGCAAUCACUGAUCCAAAAUCAUUAUCAGAAGCCUUAAAAAAUAAUUCAUUUCGUCAAGUAUACAAAUAUUGUUUAAGUUUAAUCAAAAGUCCUGUAAUUAUGGUUCUUCUCGUAACUUCUUUUAUUGCAUAUUUCAACCAAACAGCACUUGAAACAACUUUAACACCAUUUACAAAUCGUCAAUUUAAUUGGCAUGAAAUCGAUGUAUCAAUUUUAUUUGCUGUAGCUGGUAUUGAAAUAACAAUUGUUUAUAUUGGUUUACAUUAUAUAUCGAAAAAAGUUCGUGAUCAAACAAUUCUCGUAUCUGCAUUUAUUAUUCUUAGUAUUGCUUGUCUUAUUGCUGUAAUUAUAUUACCAUUCUCAAAAAUUGGUUCAACAAAAUAUUUACCGAUAUUUUUAUUAUUUGUUGGUUUGGAUAUUCUUGCUCUACCACUUAUUGCUGUUACAACUGCAACUUUAUUUUCACGUGAAAUGAAUCUUGAACAACAAGGUAUUGGUCAAGGUAUACAACGUUUUGUUGUUAAUAUUGCAACUGUUGUCGGACCGUUAUUUGCGGGAGCUUUAUUACAAGCAACUUGGACAAUGCUUUUAGUGAUGUUUAUUAUUGUUUUACUUGCUACAUUUUUACUUCUAUUUAUGUAUCGAUCAUUUCGAACCAACCAAAAUGAUGAGCUAACAGCAUUAAUUUCACCUGUAAAUAAUAGUUCAUAA